CAAAUGGCGUUAUUCGAACGUUGAAGUGUUAAGAGAGAUAAAGUGACAAACGUGUGCGAGCUCAAGCCAAUUUACUUUUUCGUUUCUGCGAUAUUAAGGAGAAGAAAAAAAAUAAUCACCAAACCAAAACCGAAACAAACCAACAAUGGAAACGACGUUACGAUAAAUUCAUGCAUUGAAUAAAAAUAAUAACAUGAAUUUUUUUUUUUUUUUGCUUAAAGUAUUUACAUCCCGGAAGUAUUGUGAUUUUUAUUUAGUCAGGUGAAAAUUGCCAUUGACUAUACGACAUAUUACGAGCAACAAGUCGGUAUUCGCAUUUUAAGCCGCACGUGAUUCGCAUUUUAAGUUGUUUUUUUUUAGUUUUUAUAACAAAAAGUGAUGUACAUCAAUUUUACAACAAAAAUCGACCAGAUUUUAAAUUAGCAAUAGAUGAAAUAUUUAUUUUAAAUCCAAACGAAAAGGAGAAAAAAAUCAAAAUGAGUUUGGCAGCUGUCAUUUCUGUACUUACGUUCAGUAGUUGUGUUUUGUUGGCGAUAGAAGGAAGAGCGAUGGCUAAAACUGUGCCUACUGUUAGAGACAUUGAACAGAUCAAUGACGUUUUGUCAUCCUACAUUGGAAAAGAUGACAAGUUGGCGUUGUUGUUGGAUUUCGAUGGAACAUUGUCUCCAUUAGCUCCACAUCCUAGUUUGGCGGAGAUUGAUCCAGAAUCUGAGGCUGCGUUGAAAAAUCUAGCAACCAAUCCAAAUACGUAUUUGGCGAUAAUUUCGGGACGGUCGGCGGAGGACGCGCGUGAAAAAGUGAAAUUGGAGAAGAUUACGUAUGCCGGUAAUCACGGAUUGGAAAUCAUUUUCUGGAAUAAAUCGCGGUAUCACCAUGAGAUUGACGAAGAAACGCGUCAAAAAUACGAAAAAAUGGUCACUGAACUUGAAACGAGCUUGGGAGGUAAUGGCGCCUGGGUUGAAAAUAAAAAGCAAUCGUUAACAUUUCAUUAUCGUGAUGUACCCGAAGUUGAUCAACCGACGUACAAAGCCCGUGCGACCAGUAUAAUUGAGUCAUAUGGAUAUGUUGCGAAUGCAGCUCAUGCGGCCGUCGAGGCAAAACCGCCCGUAAUAUGGAACAAAGGUGAAGCAGCGUUAUACAUUUUGCGUGAGGAGUUUGGCGAUAAUUGGCCCGAAAAAGUGAAAGUAAUUUUUGCCGGUGAUGACACCACCGAUGAGGAUGCAAUGAAGGCAUUAAAGGGAGACGGUCUCUCGUUCCGAGUGUCAAAACGAUCGGAGAUUGAAACGUACGCCGACUAUCGUGUUCCAUCGACGAAGACGAUAUCGUUGAUUUUGCAAUGGCUUCAAGACAACAUGAACCAAGUAUAAAUGGAGCAACAGUUUUUUUUUAUCAUCUACAAGCUACAGAGAGCUCUGGAGAAAAAAUACAUUUCGUAGAACAAACACAAUACAACAAAGAAUUAGCAUAAUUUAUUUCAUUACCCAGUUACCAUCCCUGCAUGUUUAAUUCAUAAUUUUGUUCCAUUUUUAUUUUUUCUCCGAAUUUUUCACCAACUAAUUGGUUUUUUUCAUUCGUUCGUUCGUCUUCUUUUACUCUUGUUCAACGCUAUUUGUACAGUGUACAAAAAUAAAUAUGCGUAUCAUAUGACGUCUCAUAGCAAUAAAAACAAACACCGAAACGAAUGUGUCGAGUCAACAGUGUUGACAGAUAGUAAACUGAAAAAGAAAUUUUGUUCAAUGGUUUUUUUUUUCAUAGAUGGAUAGACUAUAAAGUUCCUCAUAGGGUUGCUAGUCUCUGUAUAAUAUCGAAAUUAUUUAUCGUCGCACAUUUUAAUUUUCAUAUCGAACCGUGCUAUCUCAAUCGAUAGCACGAAGACACACCGCCGUAGAUAUACGUAAGCUUAUAUGUUUAGGCACACAGAACAAAUGCCAACCAAAUGUGUAGUUGUAAUAAUAAAUUUAUCGACGAAUAGUUCAA